UUAUUUCUCACCGAACAGAACUAAUUAAACACUACCCAAUGAAAUUUGUUUGUUGACAUCAUUCAGCAGUCUUUUAGUGAUUUUGCAAAUUUCUUAAUUUGAGUUCCGUAUUUAAAAAAAUGGAAGGUUUAGACAUUCUUGAAAAACGCAUAGAUACACUAUCACGUAUGUUAGGACCUCUUCCAGACGAAGAAAACGCGCUUACAUCGGGUGCUACUUCUGAAAACAAACAAAAUGGGGCGGCAUCCGAGACAGUUGUUGACUCAUUGCUUACAGUAAAUAGUAUGCUGAGUGGAGUUAUUGGUAACCGGGAGCCAAUUGCUAACACAAUAGGACGUGCCGCUGAACUCGAAAAAUAUUUGGAUCCAAAUUUCUUAGAAGAGACCCAACAAGUACGUUCUAAAGAAGUUUACUUAAAUGCUGUAGCUCCAGAUUUACACGCUCAAUUCGAACAAUUAGAUAAAAUUAAACAACUUGAACCAACGUUAGGUGCUGAAUACUUUCGCAGCAUACCAAGUGAAUGUACAGAAAAAUUAAAACAGCAUUCACAAGAUAAUGCUGAGUUCGCUCAACAAGCCGAGUUGAUCGAAGAGAGUUUAAUAUUGGCUAUGAAGCGGUAUGGCGAAAUACAAAGUGGUCUUUUGGAAUCGCUUGGCACUAUGAACAAACGUCUUUUGGCUAUAGAGGAAAAAAUGGAGCAGAAAAAAAGGUCUGAGGCUGAAAAGGAUCUGCCUUUGCCCCAGGAAUAAACGGGAUACCUUAAAUUUGACUUGAUAACGUAUUUAGACAUACUUUGCACAUAAGUUUAAUAUGCGUUUGUGUAAAAAAUUAAUUUGUCAUGGAAAUGUAUUAAAAUUGUAUUUUAUAUUUAACCUUUAUUUUAAUUAUUUCUAAGUCCAGGUCUUUUGCUAUAUCUUAAAUAUAAUGAAAAAGUGUAUGUCUUAAAACAAA